AUGGAAGAAGACGACCCAUUAGAGCUAAGAAAUCUCGCAGUUAGUUAUGAUUAUCUUCUUUUUAAAAUAAAGGACCAAGUAUCUACUCUUACGGAGAUAACACAGCAAUCUGUUCAAAACAAGCAAAUGCUUAUUGAAGAAAAGUAUUUUAAGGAGGAGUUGAAUUUAGAGAAUGAGUUCAAGGAGAUAGAUGCCCUCUUUAGAAUGUGUGAUGAAAUCCAAUUGAACUUUUUGAAGCUAGAUCAGUUGGUAGACUUUGUAGCAGAUUUCAGGUCUCGAUUGGAGCAUCUAGAGGAAGAGUUUGAUAAAUUAAGGUAA